GUAGCUUUGCUUUUAUCCUCGUUAGCCCAGAAAUCAAUUUUACCAAAUUUCUAAAUUCAAAUAUAGGCUUGAAAACAAUCAGUUACUUCUUUAAUCCUCUGGCGUUCGUUCAAAAAAAUUUCACUGUAAAAAACGCGAUGGAGGAGGACCUGGAAUUCCUUAUCAACGCCCUGUCGGUGCCAAAUACUCCAUUGACUGAGCCGUACGACGAGGCACAGUUGCUGGAGAUGCGUGAAGCCUUCAAGACACUGCAGAAACUCCUUCAACGCAGUUCCUUGCCCGUAGAGGCGAGUCUGCGCUCCAUGCCGAGGUCAAAGGCCGGAGAACAUACAAGCCGAUUCGAGGAACGAGGUCUGCCUUCCAUGCUUGCACUUGUGGGCAACGAUUACGAGAGGAUCAGCGAUCAAAACAGUGGUACUCAAGGCUGGAAGUCGGCGGAAAGUGGAACCCGAACGUCGCCCAUCAUUUUAGAAUGCGGGCUGAGGGAGAGACCCCUAAGCAGCAGUUCCUGGAGCGUCAGCGAGAGUCCCGAUGUUGAAGACAUGGCGCUGGUGCCCUACGAGGAACUCUGCAACGAGCGAAGCAGCUCGGAGACCACGCUAACCGGCCAGUCCUACUCAUCGUCGGGCAUCUCGAUCAGUAUUCCCGUCAACUUGGUCUGGAACAACAAGGAGUACAACGAGUCGCAGAGCACGGACAGUGAAACCACUCUAAAAGCGGACGGUCGCCGGUACUCUGUCCUAAAUUAGGGUUCCAUAACUCCUGAUCAUCAAAAGUAGUCCCCGAAAUUCUAAAGAUUCUGCUGGAACUUUUAGUCAUGCGUGAAGAUUUUUUAGGCCUUUCUCAAUAAGUAUAGGUAGUUUCAUUUAUUUUUUAGUAAACCGUAAAUUAAACGUAUUUGCUCCCAGUCUA